GGGCCCGACCAGUGAGGGAGGGUGUUGCUAUGGCCGGGAGUAAGUUGCGGCUGGCGGUGUGGAACGCGCGCGCGGCGCUGCUGUACUCCCUGGGCGGCUGGACCAUGCUGGGAGGCAUCCUGCACUACACCAAGAACCGCGACGCCGGCCAGAGCGGGGACGCCUCCGAGAAUAAAAGUGAUCCUCAGGCAAAACCAGCACUCAGGCAGGAAAUAUACACAAGAGAAACAGCUUUAGGAUUUACAGUGACAACAGUAGUAACACACAGGGAAGUUGAACCUCCCAUUACUCAACUGCUCAGGCGUGUGAAGUCAUACUUUUAUCCUGACGACAGCCCUCCUCCCGAAAACUGAGCAGUCUGCAAGCUCAGGACUUUGUGCUGGUACCUCUGAGAGUCACCCUGGCACCAGCCCGUCAGUGGAAGACUCUUCUGCAUGGCUGAUACGACAGCUCCAUCUGGGACACAGCUCGACAGGACUUGUAGGCUUUGCUCGGAUCAUCACAGGCCUUUGCACGUGUACCGAAGUUGCUAACCGUGAACUGU